UCUGAACUUUAUUCGCGGUCACUCUUCGAUGGAGCAACAACAGCAGGAACCCAAAGAAGAAGACGAACGAAUACAAAAAUUCGUUCGAAAAUGCGAAGAGUGCAAAGAGAACCCAUCAAAGUACACAUGCCCCGGAUGCUCUUUCCGCUCCUGUGGCCUCCCUUGCGUAAAAGCCCACAAGCAACGCACUGGAUGCAGUGGCAACCGCAACCAGACCCAAUUUGUUCCUCUCUCUGAGUUUGACGAUAAUCUUAUCCGCUCUGAUUAUAAUUUGUUGGAGGAAGUGAAGAGGGUUGCUGAAUCUGCUCAAAGAACUAGAAUCAAAUUGCGUGCUUAUCCUCACUAUAACCUGCCAUAUUAUCUUCGAAGCCUCCGAAGUGCUGCUGCAAGUCGAAGAACAAAGCUCCUACUUCUCCCUGGUGGAAUGUCAAAGAGGGAGAAGAAUCAAUCUCGCUAUGAGCAAAGGAAGAAAUUUAUCUCUUGGACAAUUGAGUGGCGGUUUAACUCUACAGAUGUUAUUUUACUAGACCAUGGAGUGCAUGAAGAUGAGACUCUUGCUUCUGUCAUUGAGAAGCACCUGAAAGCUGGCCCUUGGAAUCAUCAGCUUAAGCAGUUUUGCAAUGAGCCUCUGGACUCUCUCAAGUUUUUUAUCCGUAAAUAUCCCAAGGGCCCCAGGUCACCUUAUCGGGAGUUGGAUGUGAAGGCACCACUAAGGCAACUAUUGGCAAAUGUGGUUAUCCUGGAGUACCCUGUUAUUCAUGUUUUUCUUCCUUCCCACAGUUUCGACUUUGAAGUUGUCAAAGAUUGCCAUCCCUUCACCUAUAAUCCAGUGCUCAAGGAUUCUGCCACCAAUGGUCCCCCGAGUCCUAAAGGUGUUCUCUUCAGGGAGGAGGAAAUAGAAGUUGAGGACAGCUCUUUGGAUCCUAGAGCUGUUGAUUUUAUGAACUAUGCUAAUUCAAGUGAUGUGCAUAGAUUCUCAAAACGAAACAAAUCAGAGCAAACACUAAAUAAUUCAUCGGGUAGGACUUUGUACACACAAGCAGCGGAAGCCAGCAUUUCACCUUCCAAGUCCGAGAGUGGAGGAGUAGGAAUUUUUGAAGACAUGGAGUUUGAUUUUGAUCAAGGACUGAUAGAUGCAUACUCUGAUCUGAUGGCAGAAAUUAACCCCGACGACUAUCUUAAUUUUGAAGGCGAAUUUGAGAAAGACGCAAAAUUAGAGGAACUAAGAGAUCUUCUAGAUACCAAUGGAGUUCACUCAGUGGAGGAGGAAUUAGAGGAAGGGGAGAUUGCUGAAUGAUUGGUUGUUUUGACAUUAUCUCAUGGCUUGAAAACAGUUUUUAGCAGCCAAUUUUGCACAUUGGUUCGGAGCUGGAACUGCUAUGACAGGCAAGGAACGGAGGACGGAGUUCAAACUCCAUUGUUAAUGGAGCAAAAUAAUCAACUUGACUACCAUGACUGGUUGAGAGGAUCAGCUGGCCAUGUUUGUUCAACUGUACUUUAAGAAAUUAUUUUGAAGCCUCUGAAAUCGGGUUACGUAUCGGUAUCAAACUCAUUCAGUUUUGCUCUCUGUCUGUACUGCCUAUAAUGAAUCAUAUUCAUCUGUUUUUCUGUACCAAAGUCUGAUUAUAGUGCAAGCCUGCAUUGAUUUAUC